AUGUCAAUUCCAAGGAAAGCCUCGAUCAUCCAGGAAGUCGGUUGGGAGCUUCAGCGCGGUUUCCUCAGCGCGACGCCUCCGCCGCCGAAGUCACCACCGCGAGCGGAUACUCGUUAUCUCCCGUUGCAACUCUGCAGACUCACCAGGGCUCAUCCUUCCUCGGAUCCCGUGAAAUAUCUGAGAGAGGUUACACCUUACUUCAGGAAAGCCUCGAUCAUCCAGGAAGUCGGUUGGGAGCUUCAGCGCGGUUUCCUCAGCGCGACGCCUCCGCCGCCGAAGUCACCACCGCGAGCGGAUACUCGUUAUCUCCCGUUGCAACUCUGCAGACUCACCAGGGCUCAUCCUUCCUCGGAUCCCGAGGGUCGAAUUCUGGAACUGCAUUCGCCAGACGGAGUACACGAGUGCUGGUUGAGAGCCGCCGACAACGCCGAAGCGAACGUGUGGUUCAACGCUCUGCACUCGGCACUGGCAGCUCUCACCUUGAAGGCGUUGCGAUUAGCAUCCGCUCUCCCAGAUCCGCCCCAACUUCAGCACAUUGGAUGGCUCGCGAGGAGACAUUGUCUUCAGAACGGACGUGCCAGCAGCGAGAGCAGCGAGGACGGUGCGGGUAGCAGCGCGAGUACAUCGCGAGGAGCCGGAAGCGGAUUCGGCUUAGGAGGUGGUUGCACCGGAGGAUGGCGUAGCGUUUUCGGUGCGGUUUCCGGAAGAGAACUGAGGCUCUACGAAUGCGCACCGUGGAGUCCUGAAGCUUGGGCCUCGCCGAGUAUCACGUGUCCUUUGAUUGCGACCAGAUUGGUAUCGUCACCAGCAAGGCAGAACGAGGCAGCGAGCAGCAGUAGCGGAACGACGCAGCACGCCGCGACGUUUGCAGUACGAGUAGGUACGAUCGACGGCGUCGUGACGCACCAUCUACGCGCUGAGACGCGAAGGGAUUUAGCAGCUUGGGCCAGGGCAAUCGUUCAGGGCUGUCACGCGGCUGCUCAUUCGUUACGGGAAUACACUGUUCGAUGCACGUGGCAAGGGAAAGCAUGUCAGUUGGUCGUCAACCACGAAGAUGGUUUCACGUUAUUCGCAGCCGGUGCAAGGGGUGUGGGUGGCAACGGGGUGAGUCCAGGCUCUCCCCCGACCCCAUUAUGGAGAAAAUCCUUCGACAAAUUGAAAAUGUCCGCGGACGACGGGGCGCGUCUUCUGUGGCUCGAUUUCGGUGGCGAGGACGGCGAAAUUGAGUUGGACCUGGAGAGUUGUCCGAAGCCGAUCGUAUUUGUUCUGCACAACUUCCUGUCUGCGAAGAUUCAUCGGCUCGGUUUGAGCGCAUAGGGGUACGAGGGGGCCCCAACGGAGGCCCCCGACCUGCCACCCCACACCACCCGGUCCGUAACCAGCGUCUUCCUUCACUGAAUCCGCGAAGAUCGAAGAGGGAGCGAAGGUGUGGGGUCAGAUACCAACCGGAUAGACCAGAAAGAACCGAUCGAGCUUCCGUGGGCCUCUCGAGACCCUUUAACGCUGGAUCCGUGUUUUUGUCGAUCGGGUUUGAAUAAAGAUGGUCCGAGUUGCUCGAGAGAAAAUGGACUCUCCGGUAAUGAAAGAAAGUAAUAUUUAACCGGGCGAUUCGAAGCCAUCCACCGCGCGAUUUUCCAGGAAAGUACACGCAACAAGUAGGAUAGAGGGAGGGAGUGGGAGGGGGAUCGUAACUAAUCAACGCGCCUAAAGUAACCGAUUAAAACUAUCUACCCUAACGCUAAGUAACGAACGAAAAGAAAAGAGGUGUUAUUUAAAGAAGGGUGAGAAGGUGUUGUGGCGACUAGGAGAAGCUAAUCAAUUAACUGCCCAACCCGUACGCUGCCCGUUGGCUCUUCUCUUUUCGACUUUCGCUCCUCGUUCAUCGCGCCCGAUCCUUCAUCCGCUAACAACAACAACAACAACGUGAAAAGGUUCGCGAAGGUGGUGCGCGCUUGCGAAGUUCCAGCAUCACGCAGCCAAGUUUCGUAACGUCUGUGAAAAGCGACUUUAAGGAGUUCGCAGCGUUAAUCUCUUCGCUCGGAACAACAGCUGAUGGCGAAACUUUAGAUAACAGGGUGUGCUUCCUGCGAUAUUUACGCGAGUUGCCGAUCGAUAAAUUAUCGCGAUCGCAUGUCCACUUGUCGUAUAUCGUGGUCGAAGUUUUUCGCUGGGUGAACGAGAGAUUUGAAGGGAGGAUCAUGGUGGACGUCCAUUAUGGUGAACGGAGCAACGGGUGGACGUUUAUAGUUGUUUUGUACGAUUCGUAUUCUUAACGCGAGUAAAUGUAUGAUGCCAAGAAAACGUCGAUGUGUAUAACUGGUAGCUGUAUGAACGAUUCUCCUGCUUUCCGGGGGUCAACUCGUCUAAAUAAAACCACUUCUACAUUUACUUUUUAAAUACAAUUAAUAUCGGAUAAAGAUAUGCAAUUGAUAUUGAUACAGAAUUUAAAAUACAUUCAUUAAAAUUCGUUUACUAAAAUUAUUUUCAACCGCAAAUUUUAUGUAAUGCAUAUUUAAAAUUAUCUUGUAUAAUUAGUUUUAUAAUUAUACACUGAUGAAUUAUGUUCAUCCAAGAGCAGCAAUUAAAACAUGGAAUAAUAAUUGAAAUACGAUCAAAAAUGCAAAGAGAACUUACUCUCUUAUACUGCUUCCAUUGUAUUCGAAUUUAAUUAAACAUUCACAACUGAAAUAUCGCCAGCUUUUCUUGAAACCCUUAAACGGAUCUCAAAUUAAUUUACAUCAUGCUAAUAAGCUUGAACCCUUUUCUUUUUACCCUAAAUAAACUACCCUAUCAAUCGUCUAAAGCUCCCCUCGAAAGAAUCUCACCACAGGCAAAAACGCACCACAAAGAUGUCGGACACGAAAAUAAAACCGAGAAGGAUCUAAUCCCAUAGGGUGAUUCCAAUCUUCGAUCGAGUUACCCCCUGCAAGCUGGAAGCAGGAAAUCGUCGAGUACCGAAAGAAUUAUUCGCAUUACGAGGCAAACCGACUGCAGCCCGGAGCCACCAAGCUAUCGAAUGCCGAAGAAUGAGUGUUCGUGUAAGAAAGAGUGCAGUUUCCUUUUCAUCUGUAUAAAUCCGUGGAAAAAAGAUAAAAAUGUAAACCGUGGCGGGAACGUACCACGGGUGCACUUGGCCUGUCAUGGCGUUCUUACGGUGCGACCGUACGAUAAUAAGAUUUCGACAUUAAGUAGAACAUAUCAACGAAUCCACGUACCAUUUGAUUGUGUCCAUUCGUCUGCCAGCAGUUCCUUUCGCUGUGAGCUCUGAUGCCUGUUCGUUUCUUUUUAGUGUGGUUUAUUUAAAAUUUGUAAUGUGUAAUUUAUUUACAAUUUGUGGAAUUGUAAUAUUUAUGAUUGUACUUAGAUUAAUGUUUUUCUGUUUCUUUGUGUGAGAGUUUCCAUGGGGGUUCUAGAUGGAACGGUUACCUUUUUAGGAAAUUUAUGGAUUCAUAGAUUUCGAUGUUCUUUAAUUUUUGAAUAGUUGAAUAUUGGCGUGUAUUGAAGUUAUUGUGUUAUUGAAUUCCCAUACUUCCGAAUUCUUGUGUCUCAGAAAUCAUGUCUCCAAAUCUCUACAUAAGACUACUAUACUCUAAAUCUUUACGAAUUCUUAAAUCUCCAAAUUCACAAAUGUUGAAAUAUCUAAGUCUGAAAUUUUUCAAAUUUUCAAAUUCCUAAA